AUGGGCAACAACCAGCAAACCCGUUUGCGAACACGCAUGUUCUCUGCACCUACUAUACCGAUUAAUUGUUCACCACUCCACAGAGAUAUCCCAACAAGAACAUUGGUCCCUCCCACAUCAUCCCACCAGACACACUUUACUACUUCGAACUCAUAUUAUACACCUCCGUUCCUUCCUUGUAGCGGUGCCUCCACUAGCAACUGUUCACGCCACAUGCGUCGUACCUCAAAUGUUCCACAUCCUUCGUCUGAUUAUCUAUCAUCAGAUGUUACACGGCGCAUGUCACACAGAAUUAGUUCAAGUGAUGAAAACUCAGAUUCAGAAUUUGACACAAUAGUGGGCAACUCUUCCCAAUAUGAUGAUGAACAAAUUGACAUACUAAUUAUGAUUCUCGCCAAAAAGGUAUGUGGCUGCUUACCAUUACAUUGUUACCCCAAUAAUAUUGAUCACAUGACUAAACUAUAUUCUCAAUGCAGAAUAUUCCGAUAUAGGUAA